AUGCCUGCGCCAACAGCACUGAAGCAGGCCGAGAGUGCCCCGCUCGCCAACGAUAUUUCGCUCCCAGUUGAAGGUGCCGAUGAAGAGUUUCUGUUAGAUGCGCCUGGCGCUGAGGAUGCCGAUGCGAAUGUCCUCGUGCCCGUCGAGGAUAGCAACGAUAUGCAAAUCGACGAGGAAGGACGACCUCGGUUUGCGCCCGCCAGAGACAUUGAUCCCGUCACCAGGGUCGAGACACGCAAGAUUCCUAUCCCUCCUCACCGAAUGACACCUCUAAAACAGUCAUGGACAUCCAUUUACCCGCCAUUGGUUGAGCACCUCAAGUUGCAAUGCCGAAUGAACAUCAAGCGCAAGACGGUCGAGUUGAGGUCAUCAAAGCACACUACCGAGUCCGGAGCGCUGCAGAAGGGAGAGGACUUUGUCAAGGCCUUCACCUUGGGCUUUGACGUGGACGACGCUAUCGCCCUGCUACGACUAGACGACCUUUACAUUCAGAGCUUCGAGAUCAAGGAUGUGCGAACGAUGCAUGGCGACAGCCAAGCCCGUGCUAUUGGACGAAUUGCUGGAAAGGAUGGAAAGACGAAGUUCGCUAUUGAGAACGCUAGCAGAACACGUAUCGUUCUGGCCGAUAGCAAGAUUCAUAUUCUGGGUGGAUUCAAAAACAUUCACCUUGCUCGAGAGUCAGUCGUGAGCCUCAUUCUCGGAAAGCCACCCGGCAAGGUGUAUGGCAACCUUCGAACAGUUGCGGCGAGAAUGAAGGAACGUUUCUAA